AUGGCAAUGCCAUUACUUGGAUUUCAUUUCAGCUGGCGGCCGAACUCUGGUUCUCGGAGCGCUCGCCGCAGAGGAAGUCGGACAAUGGCGGUUCGAAUUUUGAUCGGCGAGACUUCGAUUUCGGAAAGCGAAUGGUCUAUGGAGAUUGCAGGAGUCAUCGGCUCCUUCGUUGUUGUUCGCCUUCGUUCAUUGGAUGAUGUUCCCUUCCGAUCGGAUCGGUACGACGGGAGUUUGCUGGCUGUGAAGGUACCUUUCUCUGUUUCGUGCGCUUCUUCGGCCAAAUCCCGUAAUAAGUCCGAACUAUACAUGAUUUCGGGUCAAAACCGGGUCAUUCUUGGGUUUCCGGGUCAACUCGAACCCAACCCGGAAUUUAAAACUGAACCCCCAUUCCCCUUCUCAACGCCUGCUUUCAUGGCCAGCUUGCAAGGUCCCUGUGACCCUCCUUUCCAAGAAAGAUUCAGCUCGCUGUUCUCUCCUGCAACUACAAUUCAGCUGAGCUUGAAGAACGAUGAACAAUGUGAGCUUCCAUUGAUAGAUUUAUGGCGCUUGGAGUGCGGAGAUGAAGAGGGGAGGAAGGCUUGUAUUGCUGAAAUAGGGAAAGCUUCUUCAGAGUGGGGGUUCUUCCAAGUAGUGAACCACGGAAUCAACACGCAGCUUCUGCAGGCUAUUAAAGAAGAGCAGAGGAGGCUGUUUCAUUCGCCCUUUGAGAAGAAAGUGAAAUCAAAGGUGUUUAAUGAGUCUUACAGGUGGGGAAAUCCGACUGCAACUUCGCUUGAUCAGUUCUCGUGGUCAGAGGCCUUUCAUGUGCCUCUUUCUAAGCUUGGAGAAGAUGAUGGUUGCUUUGAAGAGGAAUUUAAAACAUUAAGGGUAGUUAUGCAGAAGGUUGCAGAAGCCAUGACAGAGCUAGCGAGGAUACUCGCUGGUGUUCUUGCUGAGAAUCUGGGAUGCCCAGCUACAUGUUUUCUUGAGAACUGCAGCGAGAGCACCUGCUUUCUCCGCCUCAAUCGAUAUCCGCCGUGCCCAUUUUUCCCGGCGGCCUUCGGCCUCAUGCCGCACACGGACAGCGACUUCCUCACCAUUCUUCACCAGGAUCAAGUGGGCGGCCUCCAAUUGAUGAAGGAUUCCAAAUGGGUCUCCGUCAAGCCCAACCCAGACGCUCUUAUCGUCAACAUUGGAGAUCUCUUUCAGGCAUGGAGCAAUGAUGUCUACAAGAGUGUGGAGCACAAGGUAAUGGCUAAUGGGAAGGUGGAGAGAUAUUCAAUGGCUUACUUUCUUUGCCCUUCGUAUGAAUCCAUUAUAGGAAGCUGUAAGGAACCUUCUCGCUACAAGAAGUUUACUUUUGAGGAGUUCAGGAGGCAGGUGCAGGAGGAUGUGAAGAGAACUGGAUAUAAAGUUGGGCUUGCAAGAUUUCUUAUAUGA